ACAUAAGAUUCUUCCCACACAAAUAUCUACCUAACAAAACCAACUCGCAUAUCUCCAAUCGCUAUUACUACCUAUUACUUGGCUAUCCCUUAGCUAGUAGACGUAGUCAACCUACCUACCUACUUACUGACAAUGAAAUUGAAUCCUCUAUUGUCAACUGUCACAGCUCUCACGCUGAUAGGAGCUCUAGCUCAAGCUUCUCCCAUCCGCUGUCCAGAUUCUAAGCGAGAUGCAAUUCUCAGAGGAGCACUGCCGGCGGAAGUAUGCUGUAGCUAUGGAGUCUGCAAGAACACAGUCGUCAUCGCCAUGGGCAGGGCACAAGAAGAAUUCAGCUCUGCUGUCCGUUAUAACGAUAAACGAUGACCAACAAUAACAGAAUUGAAGAGCGAGAAAAAUAUUUUCAUCAUCGGCCUCGGAAAUUCAGCAUGGUAUCGGCGUUUUUGCAUUUCUAGAGGGUUUGGCUUG